CAUCACUAUCCAAAGUGUGAGCAUAUGAUUGAUAAAUAACCGACAAAAUAAUUGUGUUUCACAUAAAAUAAGAUUUACGUUUCUUAAUAUUUAUUCACUUUAAAAUAAACAAAAUGUUUAUUUGAAACGUGUUUAACUACUUUAAGUUUGCAAUUAUUCUUCAAUACAUUUGGUUCAGUCAAACAAUAUGCAAAGGAGUUCUGCCAAAAAUCAACAAAACAACUUGUUAAAUUUCGACAAUAAUACGGGCAGUCUUAUUGACAAGAUGGCGCCACGUCGAGGAAGACCGCGUAAACUUGGUAAACUGAAAAUUACACAUCCAAUCGUUGCAACUGGGAAAGGACGUGGGCGGCCGAAAGUGCCAAAUCUGUCAACAGAAUUGCAUGGUAUUGUCGCGAGUAGCAAAGUUGUAAAAAAACCUUUUCAAAGUCACCAAUUAAAGUCAGUCGGUAGAGUUGAACGACGUGGUCGUCCGAGAAAGGAGAAACCAUGUAGCGACAGUGAGAAUUCAUAUUGUGAUGAAAAACCAGAAUUUGAGGAACGUCGGCCAGUUGGAAGACCUUCUACAGGUGCUGUAAAUUUAAAUAUUGUGCGGACUGGUCGAGGUCAAGGGCGCCCAAAGAAAUUAGAAUCAAGAACAAACGCUACAGUAAAAGUAAAUCAAAGUAACGAUAAUCAACCAAUGAAGAAACGUGGACGACCAAGCAAAGGUGGAAUUCCCUACAAACCAACGGGAAAACCAAGAGGACGUCCUAAGAGCGAAAAUAAAACUACGCAGAAAAUAGAAGAUACUUCAGAAGAAUAUCAACGUGGGAAUGGGGAUGUAGAUGUAAAUGAUAAACAUAUAGUAUAAAGAAACUUCUGUAUAGACUUUUUUUAUAGAAAUACUUUUCAUAAACUACCAUUCGAUUUUUCCAUAUAUGCGUGCUAAUUUGUGAAAAAAAAAUUAAUAAGCCAAAUGCUGUUAUUAAAAUAUCUUUGAAUUUUUAUUUUCCUACGA